GGUGUUUUAGUUGUUAUAUGAGUUUGGUGUUCUUCGAGAAAUAUAAGUUAUAUGUGACUAAAUCGAUAUUGUACCACCUUCUACAUUCCUAUUCAAUAAGAUAUACAUAAAUUCUCUCCUUCUUUCUCGUUUCUCCCAUAAUCUCUCAUUCAAUAAAAGCUCUCAGGCGCAAAAAAAUUCCGGCCAAACUACAUAAAACACUGCAGUUUUACCGAUACCAUGUAGGUAUGGGAAUAAGUAUUGUUGGUGAGGUCGGAUACCCACGAUCAUAUGCUUAAUUGACAUCCCUAUCUGCCACUACCGAAUAGUAUUAUUUUGUCAACGAGCAAGCAUACUAGAUUUAUUUUGCAAGUCAUUUCUCUUGAGGAGUAAUUGUUAUCAAUUUGUCGUAUGUUCGAAAUGUAUUUUAAUGUUGAUGUUGCAAAUAUAGUUAGAUUGCUUUUAUUGCUAAUAAUUUAUUUUGUAAAAUAUUUAUCUCUCAUCCAUCAAUUACCUUUUAUCUAUUCCAUUAUCUUUAAUUUCUUUGCUCCUCGUUUGUUUUUCGGUUGUUCUCCUUUUUUCCUCGAGUUAAACAGAAAGGGAAAAAAGGGAACUCUUAUCAAUAUUUUUCCUCUCUAGAAAUUCUCUUUCUUGUGUUCUUUUUCAAUUGGUUGUAAACUUCCCAAUCAACAUUCUCUUAUUGGAUUUCUAUCCCCUUUGAAACAUCUUUUAUUUACAGAAAAAAAACAUCAUCAGAUACCCUAAACCCAAUUCCAAAUUCUACGAGUUCAUUGCGUAUUUGCAUUGAUGAUGUUAGGGACUUAAUUAUGUUGUCUUCUUCUCAACAUGAGGACCUUCAUGUCAUACAAUGUGGACGUGAUUGAAAGAUGUUAUCUUCGAUGAUUUCUCAACCAUAAUACAGGGGAACAUAAGGAGAGCUUUUAUAAAAAUUCCAAAAGGAGUGGCGAGGAAGAAAACUCUGCAUAAAAUCUUUCGUGGAAGAAAGUGUUAACAAGUUUUGAAACCUAAUUUGCGGGGUGGAAAUGGCGUUGCAGCCAUUGAGAGCAUUCUCGGUGGGAGCUCAAGCAUCGCUUUCAACGGAAAAGGUGACGGAUGAUUCUUCCAACAAAACACCUCAAAGCACCGUCACCUGUGUUUACCAGACCCACGUUGCUGGGUAUUGGCGUAACGUCACGAUUACGUGGGGGAAGAACCUCAUGAAUUCCAUCUCCCUCAACCUCAUCAUCAACAGCCUAGAAGGUGAGACGUCGUAUAGUUUCAAGCUCGACCUCAAGCCUUGGCAUUUUUGGAGCAAAAGAGGGAGCAAAGGGUUUGAACUCGAAGGCAGCAAUAUCGAAAUCCAUUGGGAUCUCCGGUCAGCCAAAUUCAUCGGGACAUGCCCGGAGCCAGCCGGCGACUACUACGUGGCCGUGGUGUGCGACGAGGAGAUCGUUCUGUUGCUGGGAAACUACAAGAACAAGGUGUACAAGAGGACCAAGGCAAAGCCAACUUUGGUGGAAGCGGUUCUAGUUUCCAAGAAGGAGAACGUUUUUGCCAAGAAGUCGUUCGCAACGAGAGCUAAGUUCGACGAGAAGAAGCAGCAGGAGCAUGACAUUAUCAUCGAGAGCUCCACCUCGGGGCUGAAAGACCCUGAAAUGUGGAUAAGCAUAGAUGGGCUUGUAAUGGUCCACGUCAAGAAUUUGCAGUGGAAAUUUAGAGGGAAUCAAGUGGUGACGGUGAAUAAGCAGCCUGUUCAGAUAUUUUGGGACGUUCAUGAUUGGUUGUUCAAUGGCGAAGGAGGAGGAGGAAGCAACAACGGUAAUGGCAGCGGGGGUAGCAGCCAGGGUUUGUUCACGUUUAAGCCAGGGGCGCCAGAUUUGGAAGAAGAUGAUGGCGGCGAUAGCCCUCACGGCAAUAGCGACGUCAGCGAUGGUACAUAUUUCUCCACCAAGAGUAACAACGGGGCAUCCUCAGAUUUUUGUCUUCUCCUAUUUGCUUGGAAAAUUGAAUAAAGAAGAAAUUCAACGAUUGAUUGAUUGAGUUAUUUUUUUUUAUUUUUUUAGAUUUCCUGUUACUUAUUUUUUUACCUUUUAUAAGUGAAUUUUUAUUUCGUUUUUCUUUUAAGUGCAUUUAUUUGAGUUGGUUAAGUUGAAAUUAGUAUGUAUGGUUUUGCAUAUUUGUUUAGAGAAGAAAAAGACAUGUAUAUGGGAGAGGAGAAUGAGUGAUGUUUUUUGGUCUUUAUCUUUCGGAACGUAAAAUCUACAGAUAAUGAAAGGUUUGCCAAUUGCCAUCCUCGUUUUGUCUUCUUAAUUAGAACUACAUCUGCUUGAAAAAAAUGAAUAAUGGGGUUGAAUCGAAAAAAAAUGAGAUUGAAUGGCAAGUUUAUCAAAUUUGUAAACGUAUGUGAGUAAUUGUGAAGUGGUUUUUUGAGAUGUGUUUGAAGAGUAACAUUUGUGUUUUGAACUUGUACACUUGAAUUUGGUGAAUCAUUUAUAAGUCCAUCUCUCAAUAUAACUGAAUUAUGGUGCUGUUUGGAUGAUGAAAUUGAAUGAAGCAAUUUGACCUAAUCUUCUGAAAAUGAAUAAUUGGAUAAAAUUGUAUUAUUAAAUAGAUGUAUUAUUGUGAAUGAAUGUAUAAUAUUAUACAUGUAUUAUUGAAUUUGAUGAAUUGUAAAAUACAACGUUUGGUAUAAGUGAUUGUGUAUGUCACAUCAGCUAAAAGCUGAGACUAAAUAAUCUCAACAAUCACAUAUGAAAACUGGAAUAUAACAAUCACUCAUUUUCUGUCACAUCAGAGAAACAAUCCAUAUAUUAUUUCUUCUAAAAAAUAAAAAAAAUGACGCAUUCUACGUGUAUACUAACAAUCUCAUCAAACACAAUCGCAACUUCCAAACGACCCCCUGAGACAAUUUGAUUCGUUUUGCAUAAAUUUGGAUUGAUAGAGGGAGGGAUAAGUAUUUUGAAAUGAUACAUCAAUUGUGAGAUAAAGUAAUUUCAAGAUAAAUGGGUCAAUUUGCCUCGUUUUUUAAAUCAAUCAUCCAAUCUAAACACCUAUGAGCAAAAUACAUAGCACUCUACUUCAUAUUUAUAUCAAGAUGCUCAAAUGGUGAGCUUUAUUUUAAAUAUACAAGUUAGAAUUAUUAAUAUUACUUCAAAGAUUACCAUUAAAUGUUUGAUUAAUUCUACUAUAGGCUAUCCGAAUCUUAGUUAGUGUGCAUUAGAGGUAGAUUGAUCGUUGGGUGGGUGGAACUGGUCUCACCCAACGAAUUGACCCACUUUCUUAGGUGUAUGUUGCACUGUGAUGUUAGAAGUGACCACCAUCCCUCCAUGUUACAAUAUAAGAGUGUUCGUAUAUGUUGGACAAUUAAUUGAUAAGGCGUCAAUUUCUGCAAGUAAGUUUGCAUGCAAAGAGUAACAUGAAUCGAAAAAUUAUCAAACAUACUAUAUUCGCCUAUAUAGACGCUAAUGGUGAGUGGUGACUCCUGUCAUUCUUGGGACUAGAUGGUUGUGUGCGAUAUAUGGAACACCUAGGUUUUGAACUCGAUAGUUAAUAGGGGAAGAAAACAAAUUGAUCAAAGAGUAACAAUGUUUCAUAGAUAGAACCUCUAUGUUUAUAUCCUAUUGUUAAUGUCAUGCAUAAUCAUUUGUUUACAUGAGAGUUAUCCUAAUUAACUUGAAUUCGAGUU